AUGUUGUCUUCCUUGCCCGCGAAACAAGCAGUCGACAGCAUGGAGAAGCAAAGCACUACCGAUGGACCCAACGCGGAGGGUACGACCGGCAAUGUCGACAUCGGACAAGUCGUCGAAUUCAAUGCCUCCCCAGAGGAGGAAAAGAAGGUCCUCCGGAAGCUCGACCUGGCUCUUCUCCCCCUGAUGGGCACCUGCUACAUGAUGCAGUACAUUGACAAAAUCGCACUGAAUCAAGCGACGCUUUUCGGAUUCAGGGAAGACUUGGGUCUCCACAAGGCUGAGUAUUCCUGGACCGCGUCCAUCUUCUUCUUUGGGUAUCUUGUCUGGAGCUGGCCGAGCUCGUAUCUUGCGGUACGGCUCCCACUGGCUAAAUACAUUAGUGCCUGUGUCCUCAUCUGGGCAGGCGCUCUGAUGUGCCAGGCUGCGGUAAGGAACUUCGGAGGAAUAAUGGCUACCCGGUUCUUUCUCGGGGUGGGCGAGGCUGCUGCCGGGCCUGGCUUUACGCUUAUUGUCAGCAUGUUCUACAAGCGCGACGAGCAGCCAUCGCGACAAUCGGCCUGGUUCUUUGGCAACUGUGUCGGGUCGCUCAUCGGUGGUGUUCUGGCCUAUGCAAUUGGUAAUAUCAGGGUCCAGGCUAUUAGGAGCUGGCAGCUGCUCUUUCUCUUUCUCGGCGCUAUUACUGCUGUCGUUGCCUUGGUAAUGCUGGUGCUUCUCCCGGACACUCCUCAGAAAACAGUGUUUUUGAAUAAGCACGAACGCAAAGUCGCCGAGUACAGAAUCCUAAAGAGCAAAGCCGGAACAGACGAAACUGGGGUGUUCAGAUGGGACCAGGUCUGGAUGGCCUUUCGCGAUCCACAGACCUGGCUGCUUUUACUGUAUAAAUUCAGCACCUGUUUAUGCAACGCCGCCAUCACCAGUUUUUCCGGCCUGCUUAUACAAGGCUUCGGCUUCUCACGCUUCCAAUCCCUCUUAAUGCAAAUGCCCAUCGGCGCUGCCCAGAUCGUAUUCCUAUGCCUCACGUCCAGCAUCGCCUCAUUCGUCCCGCGGACGCGCAUCCUCAUGAUAAUCCUAAACUGCGUGACAACUAUGCUGGGCCUGAUUCUUGUGUGGAAACUGGACGAGUCGAACGCGAAGGGAAGACUGGCAGGUCUGGCCUUGGGAUCUGUCUCUGGUGUUAAUGUGCCCCUGGCGCUGAGCCUGAUUUCGUCGAAUGUAGCGGGCUUCACGAAGAGAAGCGUCACUAGUGCGCUGUUGUUUAUUGUGUACUGUGUGGCGAAUAUCGUCAGUCCGCAGUUCUUUUUGGAGAGCGAGGAGCCGCGGUAUGGUACCGGAAUGGCAGCUUCGGUGGGUGGACUGGCAGCGAGUGUCCUAUUCCUGAUCUGCCUGAUGGGGUAUUAUAUUUGGGAGAAUCGACGGCGGGAUAUCGAGUACGGGCGGCUGGAGGAUAUGGAUGAGGUCGAGGUUAUUGCUGAGAGCUUGUCGAACAAGACGGACCUGGAGAUGAGGAGUUUUCGAUAUAUGUUGUGA